CUCCCUCCCUCCCCUUCUUCCCUCCCCUCACUCGUCUCUCCUCUGCCAGCCGCCGCCGCCGCCGCCACCCGGCUCUUCCGCCUCGCCGACGCCGCCCAGAUCCAAUCCAACUCCGCCGUCCCCGUCCGCGCCGUCUUCGCGCAGCGGGUCCGGUCUCUCCGACGGCCUCGUCGUCCUCCGCCUCCAGCGCGCCCCGCCACCCCGGUCACCUCCGUGCCACCGGAGUCGCCCCGCCAGCCAAGGUGGUCCAAUGGCUUCAGGCAUCAUGCUCCGACGCCUUUCCAAGACACUCACCAUGAGCCCAGCAGCAGCAGUGGCAUCUGGUAUGACCAGCCAGCAUCACCAGCUUCAGCAGCGAGCACCGGUGAGCGGCACAUCCAAGGGCAAGGCGAAGCUCAAAGCUGGGAUGCCUCUGAGGCGUAGCGUCAUAGCGAAGAAGGGGGGCGCGCCUGCCACUGCUGGGAGCGGCGGCGCUGGCCGUGGUCGUCGUGAAGCCAUCGAGCGUAUUACUCAGAUUGCAGAGUCUUGUCUCAAGUCCUCUACUCCUCUACGGCACCUGUCCCCCAAGGAGCGUCUCCGCGAGACAAAGCGUGAGGAGCUUGGGCUCAUCUCCAAGGAACGGCAACGUGAGCUUGAUAUGGCCAAGGCUGAAGCUAAAGCCAAGUCUAAGGGUAAGAGUGGAGGUGAUGGUGACCGUGUUCUGAUGGGUCCGCCAGGCCUUGAUUAUAUCAGUCUUGGCCUGGUAGAUGAGGAGGCUAUCCCUGAGUAUGAGCUGACAGUUGAAGAUGGACGGCGUCUUGCCAAAGAAUACAGCCGUGUGCUAAUGCGACGACACCGCGCACGUCAAACUGCAGAGUCAACGCUGUUGAGGCUCAAGAAGGAGGCCAUUGCUGCACUACCUGAGAAGCUGCGAGCUGCUGCUAUGGUUCCUGACAUGACCCCUUUCCCUGCAAACCGCUACAUGGCAACGCUCACGCCGCCAAUUGAAGGAUAUAUUGAAAAGGUGCGAGACGCUGCCAAGAAGUAUUCAGUGAAGGAGAAACUUCGUUGAGUUCGAUUCAGGGGAGGAAAGAGUCUUUCUCCAUACAAGAUGCCGAGAGUUUAGACGCUUUCUUAUGCUCCUUUAAUUCUUGGCCUGUCUAGGUUUGAUGACUACUUUGUGCUAUUUUGGUCUUAGAUAAUCAGAUUCUGGUAAUAAGCCGCCACAAUUUUUAUUUGCAAGAUCCUGCCAUGUUAUUCUGACUGAACUGUUCACUUCAGUUUUACUCCCUCCAUUCCUUUUUAAUCAGCAUACAAGAUUUAUCUGAAGUCAAACUUUGUAAAGUUUGAUGGCUACUUUGUGCUAUUUUGGGUUUGUGAUAAUCAGAUUGUGGUAAUAAGCUGUCA